ACCAAGGCGGAAGAAAGAGAGCAGAAAGAAAGAAAGAAAAUGGAGAUCAUCCCCCUCCUUUCCCGUGACCACCCUCUUCUCAUCAUCCCCUCUCUCCUGUUCCUCUCCCUAUGCAUACUCCUGAUGGCCAAAUCCCUCAUCGCCGCCCGGUCAUCGAGCGGAGAACGGAUCUCGAAGCUGCUCCCGGGCCCCCGCGCGCUGCCGUUGAUCGGGAGCAUGCACCACGUGUCGCGGGCCCACCGGGGCCCGGCGCACUGGGCGCUGCGCGAGCUGGCGCGGGCGCACGGGCCGCUGAUGCUGCUGCGCAUGGGCCACGUGCGCCUCGCGGUGGCGUCGUCGCCGGAGACCGCGGAGGCGAUUCUCCGGACGCAGGACCUCAACUUCGCGUUCCGGCCGCAGCUGCUGGUGGGCCAGAUCGUGGGCUACGGCUGCAGCGACAUGGUGUUCUCCCCCUACGGCCUCUACUACAAGCAGCUGCGCCGCAUCUGCCUCACGGAGCUGCUCGGCCCGAAGCGCGUCCGGGCAUUCGCGAGCAUCAGGAAGCACGAGGUAGCCAAGCUGAUAGAGGACAUUACUGCUGCCGCCGCGGCGGGGCCGAAGGGGUCGGUGGUGAAUUUGACGCGAAGGCUGACCACGAUGACGAACGCCAUGAUAUCGCGGGCGGCGUUCGGAGGGCAGAACGCGCAGCACCACCGCUUCCUGGAGGUGGCGCAGAGCGCGGUCGAGGCGGCGGCGGGGUUCAGCGUCGCCGACGCCUUCCCCUCGCUCAGGUUCCUCGACGUCCUCAGCGGUCUCCGGCCCAGGUUACAAAAAGUACGUCGAGAGCUCGACGAGGUCUUCGACGAAAUAAUCGAACAGCAUCAGCAAAAGAAGAAGAAUACGGCCGACGAGUGCGAGGAGGAAGACUUGAUCGACCUACUCCUUCGGUUGAAAGACCAUGGCGAUCUUGAAGCCCCUCUGUCCAUCGAUAACAUAAAGGCUGUAAUUUUGGACUUAUUUUUAGCAGGGACGGACACGUCGUCGGCGUUGCUGCAGUGGGUCAUGUCGGAGCUGAUCAGAAACCCGAAGGUGAUGGCGAAAGCGCAGACGGAAGUGAGAGAAGCCCUAAAAGGAGACGACGGCAUCGUCAUCGAAGAAGCGCAGGUCAACGAGCUGCACUACCUCAAACUGGUAGUCAAAGAAACGCUACGGCUCCACCCGCCGGUCCCACUGCUCCUCCCCCGAGUGUGCCAGUCGACGUGCCACGUGGCGGGCUACGAGAUCCCGGCGGGGACGCGGAUCAUGGUGAACGCGUGGGCGAUCGCGCGGGACCCCGAGCACUGGUCGGAGCCGGAGCGGUUCGUGCCGGAGCGGUUCGCGGCGCCCGGCGCUGCGGAUUACAAGGGGUCCAGCUUCGAGUACCUGCCGUUCGGCUCCGGGCGGCGGAUGUGCCCCGGGAUGGUGUUCGGGCUGGCCAGCGUGAACGUGGCCCUCGCGGAGCUGCUCCGCCGAUUCGACUGGCGCGCGCCCGACGGGACGACGCCCGAGGAGCUCAGCAUGGAGGAGGUCCACGGCAUCACCGCGGCACGGAAGGUCGACCUCGUCUUGGUGGCCACCCCCGUCGAUCCGCAAUGAGAUUGAUCUUUUCAUUGCUGGAAGAAUAAAAUUAUGCAUUUGUUGCGCUACUUGUGCGUGUAAUACACUGCGCUUUAAAGCCGGUGGUGUCUUUCUUCUAUUUCACUUUUAUAGCAUGUAAGAAACAAAAUAAACAACUUGUUGGUUGAUACCCGAGUCCUAAGU